AUGUUGCUGGAGACUGUGCAGCUGUUCCUGUUGGUCAGAAGCCUGACCAAAGUACAGGUCAUCCAGAAGGAGGGGCUAAGGGCACUGUAUCUCCUGCUGAUUGGCUACGGAGCUCCCAUGGUGGUGCUCAACUUGGUCUUAUUUGGUGUGAUCCUCUGGUGCCUGCGGCCUACGCUAGCCAACAUGAAGAGUGACGUUUCCCAGUCAAAAGACACCAGACUGAUUAUCUUCAAAAUUGUUGCCCAGUUUUUUGUUUUGGGGUGCGCCUGGAUCCUGGGAUUUUUCCAGAGCAGCCCUUUCUUGAAAUACCUCUUCAUCAUCCUCAACUCACAGCAGGGCACCUUCAUCUUCAUCGUUCACUGUCUGCUGAACAAAGAUGUGCGGGAGGAGUACAAGAGGUGGUUCUCAUGUCUGUUUAGAACAAAGGAACCCCCAGGAAGCGGAGGUUCCCCUAACAGCGUAUCUACUGUUCAGAAAUGA